CACACACACACACACACACCAGCAGCAGCAGAAUCCCUUUUUUCUGUCGGGCUCCUCCUGUUGUUUGCUGUGUUUGCAGGAAUAUUGGAUCAGUCUCCGGACAGAAGCACGGACCGAGCUGAGCCAGGGAUGGUCGGGUGGCAGCAGAUCAGACUGGUGUUGAAGUGUGAGAUGAGCCAUGGAGCUGAGCUGGAGGCCGGUCACUAGCAGUAGCACCAGCAGGACGAGCAGAAGUCAGUCAUCAGGAAGGCCGGGCAGCAUGCAGCCGGGCCCCCAGUAACCAGCCAGUGGACCUGGUCCUGUUCUCUUCACCUGGGACCAGGGCUGCAGAAUGCUCAGUCCUGCCACCCCAUACAGUCUUUUGAAGAUGCACUGGUCCCCGGAGCACACUGCCCCCUUAUCUCAGUGGCCUGAGCAGCACCUAGAUGUCACGUCCACCACGUCCCCGCAAUCUGCCCAUAAACAAGACCCUUACAGUACAGCUGCUCGCCGCGGCUACGGACCCACGGGUUAUCCUUGGGCCAGUGAUGACAUCUCAGCCCUCACUGCUUCUUCACUCCUAAAACGCUAUGCUGAGAAGUACUCGGGCCUGGAGCUGUCGUAUGAUCGCCCCGCUGCAGGCUCCUACACAGAGUCUGGAACUUUCCUAAAAACUGAGCCUGAGCCCUGGGCUUUAGGUCAGGGUAUAGAAUGCUACCCUGGAUUGGAGGCACUUACGGGCUCCAAAGUGGGCUCUGCCUCAGUGGGAAUCCCAGCCACGGGGAGCGUAACAGUAGUGAGCAGUAACUUGGCCUCGGAACCAGGUUAUAGCGGCGCUGGCUCCUGCAACGCUCCAUCAUCUCAGGAAUACCCUCCAGCCUACAACAGCACCUACCUGCCCUCGGGAUACUGCCCUCAGCCCGGCACAGCACUUCCCCCCGCCCCGCUACACUCCCUGCAGGCCACACCCACUCUAGUGUCCAGCUACAGUGCCAGCACUCCGGUCUACAACUACCCACCAGGCUGCUACCCUCAGACCAGCCUGUCCUCUGGCUACAGCCACCCCAGUGCGUCUUACUUACCCUCAGGAAUCAGCGCUCCCACUCCCCUGACCCCUCGGCCCWCCGUGGUCGGAGGCAGCUACGGCUACCCGUCUCACAACCUCGGCGGGAGCGCGGAAGCAGGAGUGCCACUGAAACGCAAGGCCUUUGAGAUGACGGGCGAGGUGCAGGAGGAGGCGGAGGCAGAGGGGUCGCGCUACAAAAAGUAUGCCGGCGAUCAAGGAAACGGUCAGAGCAAAGGCAGCGGGCAGGCUAACGGCUAUGGUAUUAGUGGCUCAGCCUCCGACCCACAGGCCUACAAAGCUGCGAAGCCGCUGAUAUCUCCUCCUUAUGGUGGCUCAGGAGACUUUAGCCCACCGUCCGGCCUGGCAGGGGAGAGCGUAUCAGUGGAGCAGAACUUUCCUCAGCAGCAAAGAAUGUCCAUGAAAAUACCUGCACCUCACACACGUGCAGAGGACCCCAGCGGUGGCCGCUGAUAGCCCUUAGAACAAAGGCCAGACUUUUCAGGUGAAAAGUGUCAUUUCUCUGCCAAACACUAGAGGGAUCAGGACUUUUACCUCUGGUGCAUGUUUAACAUCUUUAUCAAUGUUUCCAAAGACUCACAUAGAUGCGUUGGCCUCAAAGGUUGAGAUAAGUGUUGGGUUGAGCCAUUCUCCAUAUAGACAGCAUCAGGAAAGUCUAAAUAUAUGAGUGUCUGUUCUGUUUUUCUCAGGAUAAUGUUAAUUUCCAGUCGCCUACUAUGGAAGCAGCACUGCAGCAUGUCUGUUUAAGAGGUUGGUGUUGUUCYUUUUGGCCAUUAUGUGUUUAUAAAGGCCUUUGACUGCAAUAUGUUCAAUAACACCACGAAGAAAAAGAAAAAAAAACUUACAUUUUUGACCAAAAAUGAAAGCGAGCAAUAACUAAAAAUGGUGAAAUUACCAUGCUAUUUCAGCACAAUCACUUCUACAUAGCUGACUGCAAGGCUUGGUGAUUUUAUUUUUUGUUUUUUGGCCUUGACAGAUGAAUGUUCCUUCAUAAAUUAUUCUUGAUCUUUUGUAGUGGUUAUCGUGCCUCAUUCUUUAUAUAUUUUCUUUGUGGAGCCCAGCCUCUUUUUUAAUUCAGCUUUUAUUUUUGAACAGGUUUUUUUUGUCCACUUUGUACAUACAAAGCUGCUUWUUAAGUGAGUGUGUAAAGUGAACUUAAAGCCACCCUUUGAACCUAAAAGGAAGUGAGGCUCUGUGGAAGAAAAUAUGAACAAUAAAUAUCUUGCCUGUUGUAGACAGCUUUUUGAAUAGCCUACAUUUGUAAAAGAAAAAARAGAGAGAGAUUAGUUCUGUUGGAUAAGCUGACAGAUAGCUGGUUGGUUUGCUAUGAAGUUCAAUUAACAAUCUAGAAAAAUAAUUGUGGUUUUUGACGUUGCUCUUUUAUAAAACUGUUCAUCACUGUAACAUUUACAUAACAUUUAUUCACAUAGAAAUCUAUGGUUAUUUUAAACAUAAAUAGUGGCAGCAGCCUGGCCCACUUCUGACAAGAAUGUUACAAUAUUUCUACCAGAAUAGUUGCUUAAUGCAAAACUGAUGCACAAAGAGUAACUUAUCGCCCAUAAUUCUGGUCAGAAUUAAGCCUUUCCUCCAAUCUGAUUCAGUUCACAAAGCUGUCUACAGCAGAGAAGAUAUUGAUGAUUUCAAACAUUUCCACAGAACCUCACUUCAAAAGAUGAACAUUUUGUUGUAGAAAAAGACUGAUAAAUAAGAGAAAUGGAAAUAUGUCUAUCUUCAUUUUAAAAAAUACGACAUUUAGCAUUCUCCAAAUCACAAAUUAGAUUAUUGUCAGAUAAAGUGGAAGAAAUGCUUAAUGACAUAUCCAGUCCAUCUGAUACUAAUCUUCACUCCGAGCCAUUUGAAGGCUGAUUGUUGCAGUUUGGGUGGGGGAAUUGGGGGGGCUAUGCAGGCUUCUGUGGAGGAUUUGUGCUCUGAACUGAGUGCCUCGAACACUUUUCUCCCCCCACCCCCAAUUCUUUAUGAAGAAUUGCCUGCUUUUCUGCUAUGAUUUACUAUUCUGUUCUUUGAUAUGCAAUCUGUUUACUUAAUGCCUCUCAGAAAGAUGAUUUCUAGUUGUGUAAUGGAAUACUCAGGAAGAAUAUUGUUACCUCAGACUGAUAAAAUAAGAAUGUAUGUUAUGACCUUUAGGUGUUAGAUAGCUUUAUGGAGCAAGAUGAAAGAAAACGGAGCCAUGGCUGAAACUUCAGGGAAACUGAUGAAACAAAGUCUUCUGUAAUAAAAUAUAACGUGCGCACAUGCAAACACCAUCCCUCAGCUGAGUUAGCUCUGGGAAACCUUUUCUACCAAGGCCCRAGAUGUUGAAUGUAAUUCAGAUUUUCUUGUUUUCUUUUUUUAAGGACAAUACAUGCCAUUAUGUACAUCAAUGAUGUUUUAGAAAUAUGAAACUUAUUUUCUUUGUGUAUAGAUGUAAUUCUCUUCUAGGUUUUGAUGGAGAAAAUUAACGAUACGUUAAGUGUUAGUGUAGUGAAAGUUGACAUAGUGGUUUGGCUGACAAAAUGUCAAACAAAUAGCACUCCUGAAAAAAACUUACAUAUCAGAAUCUAAACACACUGCAUUAUAUCAUCUGCAGUAGAACUGUUUAUUAAAGAACUCAAGUGUCGUCAGUAUUUUUCAAUCAGAUUUUGAAUUUAUUUUAAAUCUAAAUUCAAAGCAACUAAAGGCUUAUUAAUAAAAUGUUUGUUAUUAUUAAAACUAUGAGACACAGCAUCUGUUAUUCAGGGCAACUAAAAGCAUAUGUUAUGUCACUUUUGGAGAAUUAAAUUGUUUUAAGACCAGACCUUCUCAAAAUGGGGUAGAAUGAGAAAAAUAGUCUCUAAGUAUACAAUACUGUUAUUUUACCCCUGAUUCUUUGAGCUUUUAAGCGCUUAGCUACAAAUAAAUGCUCUUCAAUAACUUCUUUAACACGUCACAACAGUUCUUUGCUUUUUCAUGGUGUUUCUCUCAUUCUUUGAUGGAAUCAAAAUGGACUUUUGAAUUUCUCUUUGUCAUUUAAACGGAUAUUUGAUGUAUCUUGUACAUUCUCUAACUGUUCUACCUCAUUUAAAAGACUUUGUGCAUGAAAGUAUUUCAUGUCAUUUUCAACAUGCCAGUUGAUGAAGCAAUGUUUUUAUAGUCUACCUCACUAAAAACUGUUCUGUCAUGAAAAUGAAAAAUAUACCAAAAAUAUACUUGA